AUGACUAUAAUAUCAAUCAUUCUUGUAAUGGUGUCUCUUCAAACCUACACUGCAAAUGGACAGAUAAUAUGUGAGAGGCAAAUGAGUGUGGAAUGGCGCACACAACCAAAGCACCACGUCAUGAAAUGGACUCUGAUGAACAACAUCUGCUCGAACUUCUACACAGAUUGCUGGAAUAUAAAUACCAAUAUUGAAAGGAACAUCCUAGAACAGCAGGCUUUGAAUGUCCCUCAAAUAUGUCCAUUGCAGCUUCAGUUGGGGGAUACUCUGUUCAUAUCUUCAGAGCCAUCUUUUCAGUCACAUGGGAUGAAUUUGGGGAAUGUUUCCAUGGAAGAAUUUAUUAGGUGCCCCACAAAAGACUUUCUUCAAGAUCAGUUGAUUUUUGGUUGCAGGUUAAGAGGGAUGCACCAAGUUGACCCUCAGUGGCUUGAAGUUGGAACUCAUUAUUUUGCAGAAGUUCAGACCAAAGGACCACCGUUAUGCAACUUGGGCCUUCGGCUCAACGUAACAGUGAAGCAGCAGUUUUGCCAACAGUCUUCAAAUGCACCUUUUUGCUCCAGACAUGGCAGAUGCUUAAGCCAUGUAUGGGAAGAGGCAUAUAACUGCUACUGUUCUCAACAGUAUUCUGGAAGAUUCUGCCAGGAGUUUGAUGCGUGUUCUAGUAAACCCUGCCAGAACAAUGCCUCCUGUAUUGACACAAGAGAAGGAACUAUUGGGGAUUCCUAUGAAUGUGCCUGUCCCUCACAAUUUGCAGGUAAAAACUGUUCAGAAAUAAUUGGACAGUGCCAGCCUCACGCCUGUCUGAAUGGCAACUGCAGCAAUGUUACUCCAAAUACUUUUAUUUGUGAAUGUAACAAAGACUUUACAGGUGCGUUUUGUGAGAAGCCCCUUGAGCCUUGUACUUCUCAACCAUGCCUGAAUGGGGGGAUAUGCCAGAAUAAUGAGCAUGGAUAUGUUUGUGAAUGUCUGGCUGGAUUUCUUGGCCAUAACUGUGAAACAGAUGUCAAUGAAUGUUCUUCAAGGCCAUGUCAGAAUGGAGCUACAUGCAUUGAUAUGCCAAAUGAUGUGGCAUGUAUCUGUCUGCCAGCGUUCACUGGCAAGCUCUGCGACAGUGUAUUGAGACCAUGUCAGGGUGCUGUGGGAGAUCUUAAGAGAUCAGAGAACAAACUUUAUGUCCCAGACAAUCAAGUAAAUGUGCCGAUUAUUGAAAAUCAAUGCUCUCAGAAAAUCUGUCCACCACCACUUAGUGGAACGGUUCAUCGGUUCACUAAAGAUAAUGCUCCAAAGGUCAAUGCAGUGUCAAAAAUUUAUACAUACCUGAUGCCACACAUUGAUGUACUACUUGACCGUCUAGGAGAAGUGGAAUACCACACCACUCUUGAUCUGAUUUUGGGAUAG